GAGAUCAAAAUAUCACGAUCCGAAAAAGAAUCUUCUUUGAUCAUCGAAGAUCUAAUCAUAUCUUCAUCAACUAUCUAAAAAACACAGGGUGUUGCACUCGAUGAAUAUGUCUUCAAACAGUGUCAAUUAUUGAAACAAUCAAAAUUGAACCUCCUGUAUUGAAAGGAUGUAUCAGAUUUAGCCAUCCUUUCGACAAUGAAUUGUGCCCUUCAACGAAGACUGUUUUUUCGUGCUCACGACUAUAGUAACUACACUUAGAACGACAAGAGGAGGUGUGUCCAAACGACUCAUGUUUUUAGGAAGAAAGUUCAAAAAAAACAAAAAACGCGAAAUGAAAAAAGACGUAGAACGGUCCUUCCUUAUAAUUUCAUUGAUGAGGAGGAGCUUUUAUUGUCGUGAAGACUGCAUUGAAUGCAGAUCGAUCUUUACAAUUGGUUUUGAAUUGUACCAACUUGAAGUUGGACUUGGGGGGACUUAUUUAUUGCCGUAG